UCAAGUCCUCAUUUAACAGGCGAGGAGCUCCUAAAACCACUACACUACAGAUCUAACUAAACGUAAUGAAAAUGCUUGUCGCUGGACUGUUGAACGGAUCGGAGGUUUUUGUCGCACUUCUACUUUUUCUGACUUUCAUAACAUAUCAGCUACUAAAAGAUUACGUGCACAAAUGGAGAGAACUGAAACCUGUCCCUGGGAUUAGUCCAACUUACCCCUUCUUAGGAAACGCGCUCAACUUUAAGUCUAACGGAAGAGAUUUCUUUUGUCAGGUGGUUGGCUACACAAAAGAAUUCUGGAAUUCUCCUCUGUUUAAAUUAUGGAUUGGACCUGUGCCCUUUCUCAUCUUAUACCAUGCUGAUACUAUUGAGACAGUGCUGAGUAACCCUGUUCACAUGGACAAGGCCUACGCAUACAAAUUCCUGCAUCCCUGGCUGGGAACAGGACUACUCACAAGUACUGGGGAUAAGUGGAGACACAGACGUAAGCUGUUGACCCCAACAUUUCAUUUCUCUAUACUAACUGAAUUCCUGGAGGUGAUGAAUGAACAGGCGGAGGUGCUCAUAGAGAAACUUGAGAAACAAGCUGGAAAAGGACCUUUUAACUGCUUUAACCACAUCACCCUCUGUGCCCUUGACAUCAUCUGUGAGACUGCCAUGGGAAAGAAGAUCUAUGCACAGAGCAACCAUGACUCUGAGUAUGUGUGCAGUGUGUACAGGAUGAGUGACAUCAUCACCAGACGCCAGAGGAUGCCCUGGUACUGGCCUGAUUUUGUGUAUAAUUAUUUUGGUGAAGGCAGAGAACACAACCGUAGUCUAAAGAUCCUUCACUCCUUCACAGAGAGUGUGAUUAAUGAGAGGACAGAGUACAUCACCUACGUUGAGUCUGACAGUGAAUCAGAUCAGGGGACGAGGAAAAGGCGGGCUUUUUUGGACAUGCUUUUGAAAACAACAGAUGAGGGUGGGAAAAAUUUAACUCACAAAGAUAUCCAGGAGGAAGUGGACACCUUUAUGUUUGAGGGUCAUGAUACGACAGCAGCUGCUAUGAACUGGGCCAUACACUUGUUAGGAUCCCAUCCGGAAGUCCAAAAAAAGGCACAACAAGAACUAUUUGAGGUUUUUGGCGAGUCUGAGAGGCCUAUUAACACAGAGGAUCUGAAGAAACUGCGUUAUCUGGAGUGUGUGAUAAAGGAGUCUCUGCGGCUCUUCCCCUCUGUUCCAUUUUUCGCCCGAACCAUCUGUGAGGAUACACAGAUCAGUGGCUAUAAAGUCCCUAAAGGAGCAAAUGUCAUCAUCAUAACAUAUGCCCUUCACCGUGACCCACGCUUCUUCCCUGACCCUGAAGAGUUUCGUCCUGAACGUUUCCUGCCAGAGAAUUGUGUCGGUCGCCAUCCUUAUGCCUUCAUCCCAUUCUCUGCUGGCCUUCGCAACUGCAUCGGUCAGCGUUUUGCUAUAAUGGAGGAGAAAGUUAUUCUGGCUUCUAUUCUGCGCUACUUUAACAUAGUAGCAUGUCAGAAAAGGGAGGAACUCCGGCCACUGGGUGAACUGGUACUGCGACCAGAGCAAGGCAUCUGGAUCACGUUGGAGCGCAGAAAGCACUAAUAUACACAAAGCCAACACAGUGUCAAAAUAAUUUGUACACGAUGGCAGUAUUGUGCAGUGUAUGAUUCAAACCUCAACAUAACCAUAAAGCUUAAUUCCUAACCCAACCAU